AAAACCGACCACUUCGUCCAGGCUGUGCGGAGCCCACAUGGCAGAGAAACGCGGACGUCCUACCGCCAUCGCAGUGGCCGCCUCUCCUCUUCCUCUCGCCGGAGCCGCUGCGCCGGUCCACCCUUCGCCUCCGGCCUGAUUCCAGACCCGUUCGAAUUGUGCCGAUUCCCUCCACAAAAUUUUCAAAAACAAAACUCUGGCGCCAAAAGUAUCGCCUGUUUCCGUCAGCAUUUCUCCUCAAAUGCAUCGCCCCCCGUUUCCCUAAUCGAGCUCCCAAACCCUAGCUCCUGGCGGGAUGGACUUCGCGGUCCCCUCCUUCUCGCUUGGUAUUGAUCUGGAUGACGAUGACCCUCCUCCUGCAGCCGGAAGCGACCGGCGCGAGCUGGCGUGGGGAUACGCGGCGCCCGACGCGCCGUCGUUCUCUCUCGGGUUCGACUUGGACGAGGAGGAGGAGGAGCCCCAGAUCCGCGCGGGAGGCCGCAGGGAGGAGCAGGCGCGAGGGUACGCGGCGCUCGACGCGCCGUCGUUCUCGCUCGGCGUCGAUCUCGACGAUGACGACGAGCCCCAGCGCCCCAUCGGAGGUCGCCUGGAGGAGCAGGUGCGGCAUUACGAGGGGCCUGACGCUCCCUCCUUCUCCCUUGGCAUCGAUGACGACGUCGACUUCCUCACAGGAGGCCAAUGUCAAGAGCAAGCGCAUCCCCAGGUGUCGCCCCGAGCACCCUCUUCGAGCGGCGUUGAAGAGGAGGACAACUUCGUCCUCGCCGGUGGCAAGCGGGCGGCGCAAGUGGGGCGCGAAACGCUAGACCCGGACCCCCUGCCGCCGCCGCCGCCGCCGGAGACCAAUCGAUUUAAGCGGCUGCGGAGGGGCUCUGCACCGCCUCAUCCGGCACCAACACCCCAGGUGCGGAUCUAUGAGGCGCCUGACGCCCCCUCCUUCUCCCUAGGAAUUGACGACGACGACGACAUCCUCGCUGGCGGCCAGCAUCGCGAGCAAUCGAGACCACAGGCUGCGCCUCCGGUCCCGUCGUCGCUCGGUGUUGAAGAGGACGACGACGACUUCGUGCUCGCUGGUGACCAACGGCCAGAGCGAAUGCGGCGCGAAACGCUAGACCCAGACUCCUUGCCUCCCCUGCCGCUGGAGACGACUCGACUUAAGAGGCUGCGAAGGGGCCCUGUGCCGCCACAUCUGGCGCCAACACCGCCUCCUCGUAAGUUGCCAGAGCCGGCCGCGGCGGAAGCAUCUCCAGUGGUGCGUGGGAAGGCAGGACGGGGGGCUAUUGGGAGCUUGGAGGAUGAGAUCGAGGAAUUCGCUGACACACCUCCUAAAGUGCCAAAGCCGGCGGCGGCAGAAGCGUCUCCAUUGGUGAGUGGGAAGGCAGCACUGGGGGCUGUUGGGAGCUUGGAGGAUGAGAUCGAGGACUUCACUGACGAGGAGCGACUAGCGCCAGAUGUGCCACCAUCCGUUGGUAGCUGUAGCACUUCCAGCAACUCAAAAUUCUCUCUGCUAAAUCAUGGUGUCCUUAUGAGUCAAUCAGCAACCAAAGCAAAGAUAUCAAAAUUUACACAAGUGUCAAACUCUUCUGCUUCAAAAUCUUUAGAAGAAAGCUGCACAAAGAAACUACUUCCUAAGAUAACAAUAAGCCCCAUGAGGAAAAUCUACUUGCUUGACUCUGACACUGAUGCAGAUGAUGACCAGAAUCAAAAUAAAGCAAAGAAGGCAGUUAGUCCUCUUAAAAAGAGACAAGAAUCCAUGCACAAGUAUGUGCAGAAAGAACCUACCUUGCAGCAAAACAGCAAGCCCCAAGGGAACACUACUGUGCGGAAGUGCGAAGUUAAGAUGAACGACAAUUGGGAAACACCUGUUCUUGAUGAUUUUUGCAAUGAAUACUUCAAAUCUAUGAAAGAUUCAGGGCCGUCUCAGCAAAAAGAAGGCAGCAGUUUUAGUCGUUCAAAGGUUUCUCAACCCAAUUACUCUAUUGGUGAAACUGAAAGGCAUUUCCAGCAUCAAAGCACUUCAAGUGGAGCUGUACUAGAUGACAACCUGACUGACAGUAGUCCUCCUGCUAUGCAUUAUUUCUUCCACCAUGAUCCAAUGGUGCGUGAUCUAGUUCGUGAAAGGCUGCAGCAUUUCUUUCCCAUUGGGGCAGCAAGUUCCAGAGAAAAUGAUCAAAGCAGAGCAGAAAGUCUCAGCUACAGGAGGGAGUUUGGCUCGAGUGGUGCUGCUAAUGAUGGGUGGGUUACUCCAAAUAGAAGGAUCCAUGUUCCAACUGAUGUUGGCAAAAGAAGGGUACAUGCCAGUGGAACUCAAUCUGGUUCUGGCCAUUGGUUUACUGGGGAGGACGGAAGGAAGGUUUAUGUCUCGAAAAAUGGGCAGGAGUUGACUGGCAGAUAUGCCUAUCGACAAUAUCAAAAGGAAAGUGGCAGGGGAUUUAACAAGUACAGGAAGAAAGGUUCAUCUGGAACCAAACGAGGUGCUGCUAAAGCAAAGAAAGCCACAAAUGCAGCGAAACAAGGCACAAGUAGAGCAAAAAGGAAGCGUUGAGACAUGGGUCCGCUUGCCCAGAUCCACGAUGGACAGGAUUUCGUUAUAGUUAGGUUUUUUUUGCCUUGUGCAUUUCAUUUCGUAGCUAAUUUGUUGAUAGAACCAUAUAAUAAGCUUCAAUUGUUCUUUGUUUUCUUCCACGUUAUGCGGCAUGCGUAUACAUCAACACAAGGUUCUCUCGUGUGCUUGUAAAUAUUGUUCGCUCUUGCUGCUGCUCUCAGUUCUAAUGUUUGCUGCCAAGGACCCGUAUGCAAAGGGAUGGUACGCACCGUUGGAUAUAUAAACCAUGAUUACA